AGCUGGUCAAACUGUUUUUUUUCUUUGGGAAGGCGCAUGUGUCUGUCGUGUGGGAACUCUUGCACACCGGUCGGAACGUUGUCGCGUUGGAGAAGGACGCGAAGGAUGAUCGAUUACCUUUACGAGUUCGCGAAGGCACGCGUUGCAGACACUCGCAAUGCUUGCGAGUUUGCCCGCACCACCGGCGAACGAAACUGGGAUCCCAAAUGUGACAUGUAUUGGAAAUUGCCGGGGAACAAAAGGACGAACGUUUGGGACUUCCUUUUCGGACCCGGACCGCCUGGUCCGACCGACCUCGAAUACAGUGGAUGGAGAAACCUGGUGUUCGCUGUGCUCAAUGGGUACCACGGUGCACCCAGGGAGUCUGUCUCGUACUUCCUGAGAAGGCUGAAGCACGUUUACUUCACGCCGGCCGAACCGCUCACUCUCGAAAACUACAAGUCACAAUUUGACAUGGAGGACCCUUUCGACGCUGACGACAUGGAGGAGUUGAGCGACUCUGAAACCUUCGAUUUCGAGUCCAUGCCACUUCCUCGGGUGGUUGGACAGGUUGGUGAUGAAGAGGAAGGUGACCCUCGGAGAUAUAGCACGUCCCCUGCCRGUUUGAAGCGUGUGUUUCGGGGCGAACSAGUCGACGACCAAUCGUCUGAUGACGGGGAAGAAGAGAGAGACUACGAUCACGAACCUUGUGACAGGCUCCCUGUGGACCAUGACACCUGGCAGAAUGACAGACUCUACUUCUUCGGCAAGCAUCACCGGUUCACGUCGGAGGAUGUCGGGGGACACAAUGUCGUCUGGCACCCGAGGAUAUUCCAACAUGCUGUAAGGAAUGGAAUAUGGGUCAUGGCAAUAAAGAAGGCCGAUGGCAAGUGGAGUGGACUAAAGAGACUGGGAGCGAGUGCAUUUAAGAGAAAGGCAAUAACAGCUCUGGUGGAGCAUUUGAGUCUCAUGAACCCCGAGAGGAACGAUCAGGACGUCGAUGCGUAUCCAGAAGAAAAACUACAUGAUUUGUACGCCAACAACAUGUUAGAGUUUCGAGCGCCUUUCUACGCACUCGAAACGGCACCGUCUCGUGGCAUUGACUGGCGCAUGCCGCAACCUCCGUCGGCCGGUCAGCAUUCGGGAGGGGGUGGUGGAGGAGACGAAGGACACAGCGGAGGUGGCGGAGGAGACGGCUCAUAAUUUGUCGGAAAGGGGACGGGCGAGACAUCGUCAGUUGAGAAGGCGUCUGGCGGAAAG